CCUGCAGGGACCGGCCCCGCGAGGCGCGCGGGCCACUUACUUGUGGAACGAGACGGGCUUAUCCUUAUCGUAUCGGUUCUUGCAGCCGUAGGCGGAACAGGACUGCACCAUCCUUCCGGUUCUCAGUCACUUCACCCCUGCCGCCCCUGCAGGCAGGGGAAGCUGCUCUCUCUGUCGCUGGGCUCGGCUUGGACACCCUGGCUUCUUCUGUAGCUUUGGUCAACAGUUCCAGGGAUGAUAGCUUCACUGGGGGGUAGGGGGCGACUAAUGUGCCCGUUUUUUUGUUUGCAUUAGCAGAAAGACCGCAGCCUUCGCCCGUCUCCCAUCUCCAAGAUGGCGGAGGCAGCUUCAACCUCACCUCUCGCGAGGGGUUCGUCCCACUGUUUCUGAUUAGCCCUGAGGUCAGAGGUAACGUUCCUUGGAAAGCAGGCUAUUGGCUGGCGCGCCGGCUUGUCGCGCGGAGGACUCGACGUUGCGGAAGUGGGCGGGGCCUCCGAGUUUGCCUCCGGAAGAGAGAGAGAGGAACUGCUUGGGGGAAGUGGCGAAGGGCGAUAAAACUGCAGAAGAAAGCCUUGGAGCCUUAUGUUGGAGCUAUCAGUAAACCAAGGCUAUCUGAGGAAGGUCUACUUAAGAACAACCUAGAAGUCAGCCAUGGGAAGAGCAGAAGGCAGCAUUCCAAAGAGGAAGGGUAAGAGUGGAAAGCAUGACUGGAAAGCAAUGAGCAAGAAAUCAAAAUGAAGCUGAGUAAGAAAGAAGAGUUAACUCAGAUCCAGACAUUUAAUGUGGACGCACCAUGCCAGACCGUGGAAGAUUUAACGAAUGGGGUUGUGAUGGCCCAGGUUCUUCAAAAGAUAGAUCCUUCAUAUUUUGAUGAAAAUUGGCUUAACAGAAUCAAAACCGAAGUAGGAGAUAAUUGGAGGCUAAAGAUAAGCAAUUUAAAGAAAAUUUUAAAAGGAAUCUUGGAUUACAAUCAUGAGAUUUUAGGACAGCAAAUCAAUGACUUUACCCUUCCUGAUGUGAACCUUAUUGGGGAGCAUUCGGAUGCUGCAGAGCUUGGAAGGAUGCUUCAACUCAUUUUAGGCUGUGCUGUGAACUGUGAACAGAAGCAAGAAUACAUCCAAGCCAUUAUGAUGAUGGAGGAAUCUGUUCAACAUGUUGUGAUGACAGCCAUACAAGAGCUAAUGAGUAAAGAAUCUCCUGUCUCUGCUGGAAAUGAUGCCUAUGUUGACCUGGAUCGGCAGUUGAAGAAAACUACAGAGGAAUUAAACGAAGCUUUGUCAGCAAAGGAAGAAAUUGCUCAAAGAUGCCAUGAAUUGGAUAUGCAGGUUGCAGCAUUGCAGGAGGAGAAGAGCAGUCUGUUGGCAGAGAAUCAGAUAUUAAUGGAAAGACUUAAUCAGUCUGAUUCUAUAGAAGAUCCUAAUAGUCCAGCAGGCAGAAGGCAUCUGCAGCUCCAGACUCAAUUAGAACAGCUCCAAGAAGAAACAUUCAGACUGGAGGCAGCCAAGGACGACUACCGCAUACGAUGUGAGGAGCUAGAGAAGGAGCUCUCUGAGCUUCGGCAGCAGAACGAGGAGCUGACCACUCUAGCAAAUGAAGCCCAGUCCCUCAAAGAUGAAAUAGAUGUUCUCAGACAUUCUUCUGAUAAAGUGUCAAAACUAGAAGGUCAAGUGGAAUCAUAUAAAAAGAAGCUAGAAGACCUUGGUGAUUUGAGGCGGCAGGUUAAACUCUUAGAAGAGAAGAAUACUAUGUAUAUGCAGAACACUGUCAGUCUAGAGGAAGAGUUAAGAAAAGCCAAUGCAGCCCGAAGUCAACUUGAGACAUAUAAGAGACAGGUAGUAGAACUACAAAAUAGAUUAUCUGAAGAAUCAAAGAAAGCAGAUAAAUUAGAUUUUGAAUAUAAGCGGCUAAAAGAAAAAGUUGACAGUCUUCAAAAAGAAAAGGAUAGGUUAAGAACAGAAAGGGAUUCUCUGAAGGAAACCAUUGAAGAACUUCGUUGUGUACAGGCUCAAGAAGGGCAGCUCACAACUCAAGGGUUAAUGCCUCUGGAAAGUCAGGAAUCUUCAGAUAGCCUGGCAGCAGAAAUUGUUACGCCUGAAAUCAAGGAGAAACUUAUUCGUCUUCAGCAUGAGAAUAAGAUGUUAAAAAUUAACCAAGAGGGUUCAGACAAUGAAAAAAUUGCCUUGUUGCAGAACCUUCUAGAUGAUGCAAAGCUACGCACGAGUGAACUGGAGACAGAGAAUAGGUUGGUGAAUCAGAGACUUUUAGAAGUACAAUCACAAGUUGAAGAACUGCAAAAGUCUUUACAGGAUCAAGGCUCAAAAGCAGAAGAUUCUGUUCUUCUAAAAAAGAAGCUGGAAGAACAUCUGGAGAAGCUGCAUGAAGCCAAUAAUGAAUUGCAGAAGAAGAGAGCUAUUAUCGAAGACCUCGAACCAAGAUUUAACAACAGCUCCUUAAAAAUCGAAGAAUUGCAAGAAGCUUUACGGAAGAAAGAAGAGGAAAUGAAACAAAUGGAAGAGCGAUAUAAAAAAUACUUAGAGAAAGCCAAAAGUGUUAUCCGUACUUUAGACCCUAAACAGAAUCAAGGAGCAGCACCAGAAAUACAGGCUCUUAAAAAUCAACUCCAGGAACGAGAUCGACUGUUCCAUUCAUUAGAGAAAGAAUAUGAGAAAACGAAGAGUCAACGAGAAAUGGAAGAGAAAUACAUUGUUAGUGCCUGGUACAAUAUGGGAAUGACUCUGCACAAAAGGGCAGCUGAAGAUAGGCUUGCUAGUACAGGUUCAGGGCAGUCAUUUCUGGCUAGGCAAAGACAGGCAACCAGCGCAAGAAGAUCAUACCCGGGCCAUGUCCAACCAGCCACAGCAAGGUAGACAAGUCUUGCCAUUAGAACAAAUCACCCUGCAUUCAAAGCAUACUUCUGUUACAUAUAACAUUUCAGGAAAUUCAGCCAGCUUUUAUUUUGUCUCUACUUUAUGUUAAUAUUUAGUUGUUUCUCCUUGAGGACUUUUUCUCUCCCUUAUCUAUAAUGUUUUCAUUCUUGAUCAUUUAUUGUGUAGUCUUUUCAGUUCCUUUUAAUGUGCCAAAAAUUUUUAAAUGCCCAAUUAAAAGUGUUGUAUGAUAGUGUAGUACUUUUCUUUGUAUGAAAAUGUCCUUUCCCCAUUGGUGUAGGCUUUGUAAUGAAUUAGAUUUUCUGCCAAUAAUUGGUAUACAAUUUAUAUUCUUUAUUGUGCCUCUGUGUUAUCAUGCUUUAUAAGAAUGUCUUUGUUUAAAGGAAAUUAAUCUUUUUAUGAUGUAUUAAUCUGUGUUUUCAAUUGUUUUCCAAAUGCACUUCAAAUAACUUGCAUAUUUACUAUAUAAAAUGGUUGGCAAGUAUACUUUUUGCAAAGACAAAUACAUUGGCUGAGGUGCUAAUCAAAUCUUACCUGAGGCACCUGAUAGACUUACUUAGAGGGGAAAAAUGAGUUUUCACAUUGUUUUAUAGGAAAUUAAAUUUGUCUGAAAAUUUGGACUUUUUUAACAUCAUCAAUACAUAGAAUUUCA